UUCCAUCGCUCCAGGCGCUGACGAUGUCGAACGCGAACGACGGGAUAAACCUGGAACGUCUGGAGACUAUCGGGGACAGUUUCCAAUUCGCCAUCACGGCGUACCUUUACUGCGCGCAUCCGAACGUGCACGAGGGGAAGCUAAGUCACAUGAGGAGCAAACAGGUGUCGAACCUCAACCUGUACCGUCUGGCCCUUCACCGUUGCCACCGCCCUCCGCCCACGCUGCAUCCCAAGGCCGCGGAAUGUCAAGAGCAGGGUCCGAAGAACGAGACGUCCGUGGACAGUAGUGGAUGUUACAUACCUUAUAAUCUGAUCACACAACAUAGUAUACCCGACAAGUCCAUAGCGGACUGCGUGGAGGCUCUGAUCGGCGCGUACCUGCUGGAGUGCGGGCCGCGGGGCGCGUUGUUGUUCAUGUCGUGGCUCGGCAUCCGCGUGCUGCCGCUCCACCACGUCACUCCUGCUGCGCUGCGGGACGCGACGCACGCGCAGGACCAGGUCAGACACUUUGACACUUCACAUCUCAUGUCGUGGCUCGGCAUCCGCGUGCUGCCGCUCCACCACGUCACCCUGCCGCCGGGGGGCUGCGCUGCGGGACGCGACGCACGCGCAGGACCAGGUCAGACACUUGUAGCCAGUGUGACUACUGCACACAGUGACACUUCACAUCUCAUGUCGUGGCUCGGCAUCCGCGUGCUGCCGCUCCACCACGUCACCCUGCUGCCGGGGCUGCGCUGCGGGACGCGACGCACGCGCAGGACCAGUGACACUUCACAUCUCAUGUCGUGGCUCGGCAUCCGCGUGCUGCCGCUCCACCACGUCACCCUGCUGCUGGGGGGCUGCGCUGCGGGACGCGACGCACGCGCAGGACCAGGUCAGACACUUGUAGCCAGUGUGACUACUGCACACAGUGACACUUCACAUCUCAUGUCGUGGCUCGGCAUCCGCGUGCUGCCGCUCCACCACGUCACCCUGCCGCCGCCGGGGGCCGCGCCGCGGGACGCGACGCACGCGCAGGACCAGGUCAGACACUUUGACACUUCACAUCUCAUGUCGUGGCUCGGCAUCCGCGUGCUGCCGCUCCACCACGUCACCCUGCCGCCGGGGGCGCGACUGACACUUCACAUCUCAUGUCGUGGCUCGGCAUCCGCGUGCUGCCGCUCCACCACGUCACCCUGCUGCCGGGGGGCGCCGCGCCGCGGACGCGACGCACGCGCAGGACCAGGUCAGACACUUGUAGCCAGUGUGACUACUGCACACAGUGACACUUCACAUCUCAUGUCGUGGCUCGGCAUCCGCGUGCUGCCGCUCCACCACGUCACCCUGCCGCCGGGGGCCGCGCCGCGGGACGCGACGCACGCGCAGGACCAGAAACCAUCACCGCCCCCAUCACCGAAACGCCAGCGCCGUUCGUCAUCAUCAUCAUCAUCGGAGUGCUCGUCCGAUGAAGAGGAACCAGCGCGGGAGUGUCUCGAGAGCGAGAGGACCGAGGAGUGGUGGUGGAAGGACAGGCGCGUCGGGUCCCUGCCGCCACGACAGGAUUCGAACGGAACCUGGAUUCAGCCGGUAUAUGGUGAACUGAAGGCACCUCCGUCUCCCCUCCUGAGAUAUAUAGAAGAUCCCGAAGGAGAACUGGAACAAAUGCUGUCUGGCUACGACGCGCUGGAGCGCACGCUGCAGUACCGGUUCCAGGACCGCUCGCUGCUGCUGCAGGUGCUGACGCACGCCUCGCACCACAACAACAGGCUGAGCGACUGCUACCAGAGGCUCGAGUUCCUCGGAGACGCCAUAUUGGACUACUUGAUAACGCGUCACCUGUACGAGGACGCGCGGCGCCACUGUCCCGGCGCGCUCACGGACCUGCGCUCGGCGCUCGUCAACAACACUAUAUUCGCCACGCUCGCCGCCAAGCACGGCUUCCACAAAUAUUUCCGUCACAUGUCGCCGGGCUUGAACGAAGUUCUCACUAAAUACGUGAAGAUACAAGAGGAGAAUGGACACUCUAUUAGCGAAGAGCAUUACCUGAUCCAAGAGGACGAGAUGGAGCAAGCGGAGGACGUGGAGGUGCCCAAGGCACUCGGAGACCUGUUCGAAUCCGUCGCCGGCGCCAUAUUCCUGGACUCAGGCAUGUCGCUGGGCGCGGUGUGGCGCUCGUACGUGCGGCUGAUGGGGCGCGAGCUGGAGGCCUUCAGCGCGGCCGCGCAGUCGCCGUCAGGGGAGCUGCUGGAGGCGGAGCCCGACACCGCCAAGUUUGGCAAACCCGAGCGGCUAGCCGACGGCCGCCGUGUGAGAGUGUGCGUGGAAGUCUUCGGCCGAGGGGCUUUUAAGGGGGUAGGCAGGAAUUAUAGGAUAGCGAAGGGGACCGCAGCGAGAUGCGCCCUUAGGCAUUUACGGACGCAUAGACAGAGAUAGAUAUAGGAGAUUGUAAGGGGUAAGUUCGGAUUAGACCGUUUAAUACUAAUCAGUUAGUAAAAUUAACUGCCAUUGUGGUCCAUGUAAGUGUG